AUGCUGCUGGGCGGAGAAAAGUCCAGGUAAAUGUAUCUAUAUUGUCAUGCAGAUUAAGGAUUUUUCAAGUUGCAUUCAUGGCUGCGGAAAUGUAUCUUUUGCCUGCUUAUCCAUGGAUGUCUUUAAACCCUCAACGUGUGGCGGGCAAGUGCAGCCGGUCACUCCCAGGCUCUGGCAUCGCCAGAGAGAGAGCUAACGUUAGCUAGCUUAGCUUGCAGCUACUCAAAAGAUUCUGCGGCCCGCUGCAAAUUACUCAGUUCGGUUGACCGAGACUGUGUCUCGUGUUUAAUGGGUUGUCAAGAUAUUUGUAUGUGAAAGUGGGAUUAUAGGGUGUUAUUGCGGCUAGAGAUGGAAGAAUUCCCCCCGCGCCCACUCUCACGUUACGAGAUAGAAAAUCACGUCCUUCUGUUAGCUAGCUAGCUUGGCUAUCUAGUAUGCAACCAGUUGGAAGGUGCAAUUAUCUUUGUCUGAUUACAAUUUUAUAGGCUUGAUCUUAUUUUGCCCGACGUCAUCAAACUGUAGUCACACAUAUGCAAUACUAAUGAUGGCAUGCAGUGUGUUCAGUGCUGCAUUACAGUAGAUGGUCAACAAGUGUCCUUGUCCCCUGUUGAUGCAAUAUAAUGUUUGUAUGUAGAUAUCUGCAAAUUUGUAUUCUGCACCUGGAAAACCAUUAGCAUCGAAUUUAACCAGAUAUGCAUUGCAGAGCCACUUCAAUUAGCAUAUAGUGCAAUAAAAAACAAUUACACUGUCUGUCAGCAGGCUAUGGUCUCCCAGAACAUACAUUUAGGCUGUGUUUAAUAGGACGGCUGUUAUUUACACAACUCUCGAAAACUUUAGGCGGCAUUGUGCCUUCUCCCUGCAGUUCUCAGCCAUAGAGAGAAAUGGUAAUGGUCGUUUUUUUGUAGGCACUAACUCCGCCAUGGUUCAUUGGACAAAGCCUAUGGGAAAAAUGAAUGGCGUUUUUGAAUAAAUGCCGAAAAUAAGGUCUGUGGUAAACACAUGCUUAGGAGAUUUUAUACGUUUUGUUCUAUGAGAUAAUCUUCAUCAGCUAACGUCACUUUUUCUGAAUUUGUUAUUUUUAAAAAAGCACAAAGCUCAUAAAGGCUUCAUAGCUCAUAAAGGUCAUGUUAACUGACUGCUAUUAUUAAAUAGAACAAAACGUAUAAAAUCUCCUAAGCCUGUGUUAACCUCAGACCUUAUUUUCCGCGUUUUAUUCCGAAACCCAAUUUUUCCCAUAGGGAUGGGUGAACGAACCAGAGGUAACUAAUUUCCGGGUUUUAGGACUACAAGCUGGUGAGCUCUAUUAGCUUUGCCCAUGACUGCCUCAUGUGAACUAAAAUCCCAACGCUGUGUUUUAAUGUUUAGAAACGUCAAUAAUCAUCACUUGCGAUACGGCUUUCGAAACAUAUGGCCCUUAUCUUUCAUCAGCGAGAAAGAAUCCUUCAAAUAAAAAAGAUACACUUACUGUAGCAGUUACAGAUCCAUACAGCUAUGAGUGCCUCCAUCCGACGAAACUAUACUUCUGCUACACUUCCCGAGUUACGCUUUACACACUGGUGUUCGGAGCAUGCUAGAUAGCUAAUUAUAAACUGGGUGGUUCAAGCCCUGAAUGCUGAUGUGCUGACAGCGUGGUAUAUCAGACCGUAUACCAUGGGUAUGACAAAACAUUUAUUUUUACUGCUCUAAUUACGUUGGUAACCAGUUUUAUAAUAGCAAUAAGGCACCUCGGGGGUUGUGGUAUAUGGCCAAUAUACCACGGCUAAGGGCUGUAUCCAGGCACUCUGAUUUGCGUCGUGCCAGAGAACAGCCCUUAGCCAUGGUAUAUUGACCAUAUACCACACCCGCUCGGGCCUUAUUGCUUAAUUAGCACAGGUGGUCGCCUCGACUUCUGUCUGUUUUCUGUAAACAAGUGCUGUAACACGGAGAUAUGGCUGUGUGGGAACACUAAACCUAUCAAGGUGUGUAUCAAUUUAACUAUUUUUGUAUUAUUAUUUCUCGCAGAUAUGAAAGAUAAGGUCCUUAUGCUUCCAAUACCGUACCGCAAGCGACGCGUGUUAAUGUUCAGAUUGAGUGUUGGAGUUGUUAACAAAACGCCCUCCUACAGAAGACACCUUCGUCCAAUUACUCUUAUGUGUAAUGGAACUGAGAGUCAUGAUCAUGGGCUAGUAUUUACAGGACUCACCUGACACUCCUGCUGUAGCAUCAUUAGUUUACACAAGUACCAUUUCAACAUAUAUCCUUGACCAAUAUACAUUACCGGUGUUUACAAGCCAUUUAUGACACUUGAAAGGUUUCAGCUACAGUGCCCACACCAGUGCCUCUAUGUUAUUAUAGGACAUGUCAAUGUCAAGGAUUCACCAGAAACAACGCCAAUCUAUCUUCAUUUUAUUGUAAUACGGUUCAAAUUGCACUCAUCCAAUUCUCUCUGCAGGUAUCCUAUGUGAUUAGGGAUGAGGUGGAGAAGUAUAACCGCAAUGGGGUGAACGCUCUGCAGCUCGACCCGGCCUUGAACCGCCUCUUCACGGCUGGCCGAGACUCCAUCAUUAGGAUAUGGAGCGUCAACCAGCACAAGGUAACCUGUCCGUCACCUACACACUCCACCUGGCAGAAUGCCAUAAUAUCAUCAUGACCCCUUUCCCUCAAGGUCACACUGUUGAUGGCUCUAGCGCUCGUCUUUUCUUGAUUCCUGACAUCCUAUCGUCUCCUUCUCAACUGUAUUGGAGGAGAAGGUCCCUCCCCUGUUUCGAGAAGGAGGCAAGAGAGAGGAUGUUAAGGGUGUUGAGGAAAGAAUUAUUGAGAAAGAGCUGAUAUUGUAGAUGCAUAGAUGUACAGACCAAUGCCUAUGGUCAAUGUUCAAAUGAAAAGAUCCAGACGUAUUUGUUGUGCUGUUAUUGUAAUUGAUUGUCAUAGAAUACUUGCAUAAACCCACUGAUAUUGCAGCGUAUGCCCACUUUAUUGCAGCAGGACCCAUACAUUGCGUCGAUGGAACACCACACAGAUUGGGUCAAUGACAUUGUCCUCUGUUGCAAUGGGAAGACAUGUGAGUCAGUGUAAUGUAUUAAUCCAGAGCUGAAAGGGUUAAACUGUCCGACAACAGUGUGGAACAGUGCCCUACACCUCAGAAUGGAAAGCAUACAUUUUUAUUAAAUAAUUAUCACAGAAAAGCAAUCAGAUUUUAUGACAUUUCCAUCACGUGCAAAUUGGCAAAACCCUGUUUAUGGAUAUUUGCUCCUAUAUAUUUUUGUAUGUUUUGCAGUCUGUCAAGUAACUGUCCAGGGAAAAUCGCACUUUUAAAAGUUCAUAUUCUGUUAACUCAUACCCAAAUAAUGUUGUUGACUCAUCCUAUACUCAUAUUUGUGACCAAAGCAUAAAUUGGAGAAAAAACUCUUUAAAAAAUCCCCACCUCAAACUUGUACCUCAAACAGACCAUUUCAAAAAUACUUUAUAUUUUGUAAUCCCCCUGAGCUGGCCAAUCAGCGGUCUACUCGCAUGAAUAUUAUUAAUGAACGGUAUGCAGUAUGCCCACACCAUUCCAACACAGAAAAGCUGCUUUUUAACAUUUAAAAAAAUGUGGAAGGAAAACUAUUUCACUCAUAGUGUAAUUAAUUAUAGGUAAUAUUUCAUAGAAAUCUGGAAACACUGGACAGUUACUUUAAGCCUGCAAGCCAUUUGGUAUAAAUAGUUGUUGUUUUUUACUUUGAAAAUGUAUAUUUUUAAUGGCAUAUUGUCUGUUCCAUAUACUCUGUAUUCCAGUGAUAUCUGCUUCCUCAGACACCACAGUGAAAGUCUGGAAUGCGCAUAAGGGAUUCUGCAUGUCCACAUUGCGAACACAUAAGGUAUGUAAUAGCAUACUGUGUACUGAGCUCUAAAAUCAUCACAAAGACCAAACUUAAGAUAUGUACGCAUAACGUUACUGCUACAUUAGAGUUAACAUGCACAUCUCAAGGUAUAGGCUGAAACACAAUCAGAACCCAAAUCUUACUCAAAAGCAUGGACUUGGCAUCAGAUUUAUGUGACCCCCUAUGGUUUUGUCUGUACAGGACUAUGUCAAAGCCUUAGCCUAUGCCAAGGACAAGGAACUGGUGGCCUCAGCAGGGCUGGACAGACAGAUCUUUCUAUGGGACGUCAACACACUAACGGCACUGACCGCCUCCAAUAAUACUGUCACCAGUAAGUAUGCGUUCUCAUCUGGGUCCUGUUCAGACAUUAGGCACCGAACUGAAGAAAAGGAACUGAAACAGGGAGGGACUAUCUGGAAAGAUAAUUUUAUUUUCCUGUUGCGUAAAGUGUUUUCCAUUGCAUGCCCUAAUGAACAUGGCCCUGCUAUAUCAUGUCACAGGCACAUCCCGGACUGAGUAUCGUAAAUGUUUACUGCACUACUUGGAAUGAAAACAUGAGAUAGAUGUGUAUCUGGAGAACCAUCAUUGAAGACAAUGUUCUUGUUUCUGUAGUACACAUCAAUUUGAAGGAUGGACAUGGAUAUCUUAAAUAUGUAAAAUACACUCUGUGUCUCAGUGGGACUUUCCUGGUUGCUGACCAGUAGACUGUUGAGACAGACCUGAGUGUUGUGGUGACUAUGCUGUUGUUGUCGUCUCCCAGCCUCCUCACUGAGUGGGAACAAAGACUCUAUCUACAGUCUGGCUAUGAAUCAGAUGGGCACCGUCAUUGUGUCAGGGUCCACUGAAAAGGUGGGUUUUUUAAAUCACAUUUUUAUUGAUAUAUUCUUAAUGUUUCUAGUGGUGUGAUGAGAUUGGUAUAAUACUUCCAGCUAACUGAACCUGAGUUACUUCACCUCCAUUUUCUAAAGUAAGAUGUGUGUAAGAACAAAAAGCUAAACCUGUGUUUUCAUAUACCUCAUAGAGAGUGAAUGUGUCCUGUUACAGGUGCUGAGAGUUUGGGAUCCUCGAACCUGUGCCAAGCUGAUGAAGUUAAAAGGUCACACAGACAACGUCAAAUCAUUACUGCUAAACAGGGAUGGCACUCAGGUAUGGAUGGCCCUUAGAAAUCUCAUCUCAUUCCUCACCCUUAAAAAUGUCAGCCGCAAUGUCUCUCUUGUUUAAGCCUUAUAUUUCAUAGGAGGGAGAGGAAUUUUUCAGUCAUUUCUGGAAUCAGCAGGAAAUAAGCUGCGAGGGAAGUCUCCAACCUGGAAUUUUACAACUUGGAUUUCGAACAACCCGGACAUUUUUGGGAAAGCUUUGAAAAUGUUUUAUUCCUAAUGUUACAUCUUGCUUUUUCCCACCAGUGUCUCUCGGGCAGCUCAGACGGGACCAUCCGUCUGUGGUCGCUGGGGCAGCAGCGGUGCAUCGCUACCUACCGGGUGCACGAUGAGGGCGUGUGGGCCCUGCAGGUCAACGAAGCCUUCACGCAUGUCUACUCCGGCGGACGCGACCGCAAGAUCUACUGCACCGACCUGAGGAAUCCAGACCUCCGCGUUCUCAUCUGCGAGGAGAAGGCCCCCGUCCUCAAGGUGAGAGGGGUGGGGUUACUGCGAUAUGCCGAGCAGACGGCAUGCUGGGGAACGUAGUUGAAAACGUUGUAACUUGUAGAUAUUAGGCCUAGAUGUUUAUUGGAUUUACAGUGGGGAGAACAAGUAUUUGAUACACUGCCAAUUUUGCAGGUUUUCCUAUUUACAAAGCAUGUAGAGGUCUGUAAUUUUUAUCAUAGGUACACUUCAACUGUGAGAGACUGAAUCUAAAACAAAAUUCCAGAAAAUCACAUUGUAUGAUUUUUAAGUAAUUAAUUUGCAUUUUAUUGCAUGACAUAAGUAUUUGAUCACCUACCAACCAGUAAGAAUUCCGGCUCUCACAGACCUGUUAGUUUUUCUUUAAGAAGCCCUCCUGUUCUCCACUCAUUACCUGUAUUAACUGCACCUGUUUGAACUCGUUACCUGUAUAAAAGACACCUGUCCACACACUCAAUCAAACAGACUCCAACCUCUCCACAAUGGCCAAGACCAGAGAGCCGUGUAAGGACAUCAGGGAUAAAAUAGUAGACCUGUACAAGGCUGGGAUGGGCUACAGGACAAUAGGCAAGCAGCUUGGCGCAAUUAUUAGAAAAUGGAAGAAGUUCAAGAUGACGGUCAAUCACCCUCGGUCUCGGGCUCCAUGCAAGAUCUCACCUCGUGGGGCAUCAAUGAUCAUGAGGAGGGUGAGGGAUCAGCCCAGAACUACACGGCAGGACCUGGUCAAUGACCUGAAGAGAGCUGGGACCACAGUCUCAAAGAAAACCAUUAGUAACACACUUGCCGUCAUGGAUUCAAAUCCUGCAGUGCACGCAAGGUCCCCCUGCUCAAGCCAGCGCAUAUCCAGGCCCGUCUGAAGUUUGCCAAUGACCAUCUGGAUGAUCCAGAGGAGGAAUGGGAGAAGGUCAUGUGGUCUGAUGAGACAAAAAUAGAGCUUUUUGGUCUAAACUCCACUCGCCGUGUUUGGAGGAAGAAGAAGGAUGAGUACAACCCCAAGAACACCAUCCCAACCGUGAAGCAUGGAGGUGGAAACAUCAUUCUUUUGGGGAUGCUUUUCUGCAAAGGGGCAGGACGACUGCACUGUAUUGAGGGGAGGAUGGAUGGGGCCAUGUAUCGCGAGAUCUUGGCCAACAACCUCCUUCCCUCAGUAAGAGCAUUGAAGAUGGGUUGUGGCUGGGUCUUCCAGCAUGACAACGACCCGAAACACACAGCCAGGGCAACUAAGGAGUGGCUUCGUAAGAAGCAUCUCAAGGUCCUGGAGUGGCCUAGCCAGUCUCCAGACCUGAACCCAAUAGAACAUAUUUGAAGGGAGCUGAAAGUCCGUAUUGCCCAGCGACAGCCCCGAAACCUGAAGGAUCUGGAGAAGGUCUGUAUGGAGGAGUGGGCCAAAAUCCCUGCUGCAGUGUGUGCAAACCUGGUCAAGACCUACAGGAAACGUAUGAUCUCUGUAAUUGCAAACAAAGGUUUCUGUACCAAAUAUUAAGUUCUGCUUUUCUGAUGUAUCAAAUACUUAUGUCAUGCAAUAAAAUUCAAAUGAAUUACUUAAAAAUCAUACAAUGUGAUUUUCUGGAUUUUUGUUUUAGAUUCCGUCUCUCACAGUUGAAGUGUACCUAUGAUUAAAAUUACAGACCUCUACAUGCUUUGUAAGUAGGAAAACCUGCAAAUUCGGCAGUGUAUCAAAUACUUGUUCUCCCCACUGUAAGUAUUUUGUAACAUUAACUUAAAUGUUUUUUUAAGACUGUUGUAUAUAUGAAAGUAGGCUAGUAUAAUAAUUAGUAGAGUCAGGAUCGCAUUAAUGAGAAAUCUUAAAGAUAAUCAGCAAGUAAUAUCAAGGUGAAGUGAUCCUAAAGUGUUUCUAUCAACAACAAAUCUGCCCAUCACAGUUCUCCUGUCUGAAUGACCUCUUGUCCUGUCUGAAUGACCUCUUGUCCUAUCUGAAUGACCCUAUCUGUUGUCUGUGUCUCCCUGGUUCAGAUGGAGCUGGACCGCUCGGCAGACCCCCCCACGGCCCUCUGGGUCUCCACCACCAAGUCCACCGUCAACAAAUGGGUAAGCAGCAUAGCUGAAGUAGAACAACAGGGGUUUUAUAUGAGUAAUGGAUAUGUUAAUAUUAAGUAGACAUAGAAUUACACUGUAGAUAAUAUAACAGAAAAAACAGGAUUCAGUGAGGCCUGUGUGUUUCUGUAUACUUUUAAUGCAAUGUUCACUCCCUGAUUAUGUUUCCCGUCAUGACUCAUUGCAGUCUCUGAAGGGCAUUCAUAAUUUCCGAGCAUCUGGCGAUUACGACAACGACUGCACUGCUCCCCUGACGCCUCUCUGUACACAACCCGAGCAGGUCGUUACAGGUAAAAACACCACACACACUCUUCUUAUUUUUGUAUGAUCAAUUAAUCAUUAAAUAUGAUUGAUUGAAUUCUUGUUUUUUAUUGAAUAUAUCUUCAUACAUUUCCCAAUAAACUGCGUUGCAAAUACAGAAGGUGUUUAAAAUAGAAUAGAUAUGUUCUAGGCCUAAAUGAGUGUUCUGUGUAUUUCUGUCCACUAGGCGGAGCCAGCAUUAUCCAGUGCCACAUUCUGAACGACAAGAGACACAUACUAACCAAAGACACCAACAACAAUGUUGCAUACUGGGAUGUUUUAAAGGUGUGUGCCCUUUGCUCUCUCUUCUAUCUAUCAUUUAUCUUCCAUCUCUCCAUUGUUUGUCAAAUUGUUUGAUUGAAUACCUCUUGUCCCCAUCCAGGCGUGUAAAGGGGAAGACCUGGGAAAGAUGGAGUUUGACGAAGAGAUUAAAAAGAGGUUUAAAAUGGUGUAUGUGCCAAACUGGUUCUCAGUGGAUCUUAAAACUGGGGUAAGAUGAUCCUGCCCAGUUUUACAUUGUAAGCUUUGGACAGUCGGUAGAACAGUGAUUUGUCCUCAUUCUAAUACACAUAUUCUGUUGGGUAGAUGUUGACCAUCACCCUGGAUGAGAGCGACUGCUUUGCUGCGUGGGUGUCAGCCAAGGAUGCAGGCUUCUCCAGUCCUGAUGGGUCUGACCCGAAGUGUGAGUGCUUUUUUUUUUUUUUUUUUACUGCCCUGUAAGAUAGGGUUGACUUUAAUUUUUACCCAGACAGUGUUACCAUACAUGCAGUAUCGUUCCUACAGAGUUCUGUUCUCUUCUAGUGAACCUUGGUGGACUGCUGCUGCAGGCCUUACUGGAGUAUUGGCCCCGGACCCACAUCAACCCCAUGGACGAAGAAACAGAGAUGAACCACAGUGAGCUGCUAUACCCACAUACAUUAUAAUGCGGAUGUUAUUAAGUUGAAUGAAAUCUAUCAGUGAUGUUCUGAUGGUGUGUAUGUGUGUGUGUGUGUGUGUCUACAGUGAAUGGAGAGCAUGAGAGCAGGAUACAGAAAGGGAACGGCUACUUCCUGGUUCCCCCUCACACGCCAGUCAUCUUUGGAGAGACAGGGGGAAGGACCUUGUUCAGGUAGAAUACACAAUCCUAUCUCUAUGUAUCACAGUGUAGCAUUGCUUAGAGUACAUGAAAUGUGACCAGCUGCUAUUGAAGUCUGUGCUAAGACGCCGUGUCAUAGUCGGUCAUGUGUUGAAAUAGUAUUUGUUUUCGUUCAAAUACUUAAGCUGCACUCGAUUGAGCUUUCCCGGUGCAAUGGAACCAAUGGAAUAGUACUAAAAGUGCAAACCCCACCCACCUGGCCCUCCCGGCAGGCUUAAUCAAGACUCUCUCUCUCUCCAGGUUGUUGUGUCGAGACUCAGGUGGUGAGACUGAGUCCAUGUUGCUUAACGAGACCGUGCCACAGUGGGUCAUCGACAUCACCGUGGAUGUGAGCUCUCGUCCUUUAAUUUAAUGAUAAAUAUACAUAUCUUUCAACAGUAAUGUAUUAUAGCUAAUUGUAUAGUGUUUAUACACUAUGAUUCUCAUGUAUGAUUUUCAGCUUUUUCUUCCCUGUCUUUUAGAAAAACAUGCCCAAAUUCAACAAAAUCCCGUUCUACCUCCAGCCUCAUUCUUCCUCUGGUGCAAAAACCUUAAAGAAGUAAGUGAAACACUAAAGCCACUUAUAACGAUUGAACCAGUUUCUCUCUUCCUAUUAGUGUUGCAUGUUCAUUCUUCCCUGCAAACCACAUUUUGCUAAAGGGAUCAUUCAUUUCAUUCAUUUGGAACUAUUUCGUUCGCCGUUCAAUGUUCCAAGCUUGCGGUUAUAUUCCAACGUUGUGGUUCUUCCAAUAGGGACCGCCUGUCGGCCAGUGACAUGCUCCAGGUGAGGAAGGUGAUGGAGCAUGUAUACGAGAAGAUCAUCAACCUGGACAACGAGUCUCAGACGGGGACCUCGGGGAACAACGAGAAGCCCAGCGAGCAGAAGGAGGAGGAGGACGUGGCCGUGCUGGCCGAGGAGAAGAUUGAGCUGCUCUGUCAGGACCAGGUACUGUACGCUUAUACGGUACGGUCCCCAUGUUUUGCCUUUGUGUUACGUCUUGUAUUAAUAUAUGUUCCCACGAUCGCUUUUCGUUGUCUGUAGGUAUUGGAUCCCAACAUGGACCUGCGGACGGUCAAGCAUUUUAUCUGGAAGAGCGGCGGAGACCUAACCCUUCACUACCGGCAGAAGUCCACGUGA